AUGGAAGGUGCAGAAGAAGGAAUAGAGAGGGUUGUGGACUCGAAGGACAUGCAACAGCAGACAAAAGCUUUCGACAAGCUCACUGACCGGGUCGAGGAUCACCAACUCGAUUCCUCUCGCGUCCAAGAGGCCAUGGCAUCAAUUGCUGCAUCUGCUGAAGCUGAUUUGCAAGCCAUGCGUUUGAGGGAGAAAGAAUUAGCUGCUGUUAAGAUAAAUGCCGCCGAUGUUGACAUUAUCGCUAAUGAAUUAGAGCUGGAUAAAAAGGUGGCUGAAAGGACCUUGCGUGAGCAUAAAGAAUUUUUGGAUAUCUCCAGGUACCAUGACAGGUCUGUUCUUCUCCAUGCAUCAAAUUGA